GGCACGGUGGUCCCCCACAGGCCCACACAACAAAAACCCCCCACAGCUCCCACGCCGCCGCCGAUGGAGGCCUCCGCCGCCGGCGCGCGCGACCGCCAGGCCCUUCGCUUCCUCUGCCCCAAGAGAUCCCUACUCUCCCCACCCUCCGCCUCCCCUCUCCGCUGGCUGAUCGGCGCACCUCGCGUCCUCCCUCCCUUCACCGUCGCCGCCGCCCUGCGCCCCCUUCACGGCGACCACGCCGCCCCCGAUCUCACCAGGGAAGCAGACGAAAUCCGGGGGUUGCUUCCUCGCGGGUUCGACAUCGUCGGGGCGCUGCUCGUGGAUGGCGAGGGAUCGGAUGCGGACGCCGCUCGCGCUCUGGAGCUGGCUCGGGCGCUGAGAGAGCGGCUGCUCGGCGUGGCGGUGAGCCAUGGCAUGGUCGGUGGCAGCAUGGAUGCCGCCUCCGGGGAGAUUCGGUUUGUUACCUCUGAGAGCGGCGGGACGGACGCGGUGGAAGGGUUGGAGGUUGUGUGGGAGGAUGAGCCAGGGAGGUUGUUGUGGGAGAAGGGUUGCCUUCUGCACUGUGAGCUGCCGCUGAAGCUGCCACUCUAUGUUCCGGCGGAUGAGAUUUCUGGCAUUGAAGAAUGGUUUUCUUCACUUAUUGAAUCUACAACUGCUGAACUCAGAGAUCCUCAUGUUUCGUUCCUAGUUGAGGGGCCAAUUACAUCUAAUGAAUCACAUCAUUCUAUCAUCUUACAUGGUGAUGCUUUAAGUUCUGAUUCUCAUGUACCUGGAAACUCAAGAACAAAGGAAUGCAUGACAAGUAUUGUAUCUUGUUCAGAAUUCUUCCCAGAAAAGAGGUACAACCUCUCACUGACAAAAGAGAAUGCAGAUGCAAUCGAAAUAACUGUCCUGUCCAAUCAAUCAGUAGGUAGCUUGAAGCCUGGCAUCACACCUGUGGUAGAGUAUUUUCCAGCCCCAGCACCUGCCAGCCUAAGAGUAAUCAACUUGAAGCUUGAUAUACUAUGCUACUCGUCAAUAGAUUUCCCUGUGGCGGUUGCUGUAUCUGAACUUGUUAUCCCAGGUUUAGCUGAUCAGAUGAGUGUAAUGAAGAAGAUUAUUGCAUCAGAGAUAGCUAAACAAGCACAGCUUUGUCCGUACCAUUUCAUUCCUUCGGGAUUGCAUAUUCCAGUAACAGCCAUAUACGAUACAAGAUACGGGGAGAUCGAGGAGAAGCAGAGUGAGCUAAGAAAAGAACUGCACGUAAGGCUAGGACUUCCCUUAGACCGGCCUUUGUUGCGAAUUUCUAAUGCAUUGACUUUUGGUGACAUGGGAAAGAGGGUGAAAAAGACAUCAAGAAAUGGUUCUUCACUGCUUCGAGAUGUCCACAGAGAAAUUCCAUCCAGUGGUGUAUCUGGAGGAAUUAUGUCUUUGAUUGAUGGUUCAUAUGAGUAUUAUCAUUACCUUCAUGAUGGUAUUGAUGACAAUGGAUGGGGAUGUGCAUAUCGGUCUUUACAAACAAUUGUUUCUUGGUACAGAUUGCAACAGUAUUCAUCAAUAGAUGUCCCUUCGCACAGGGAGAUUCAACAAGUUCUUGUUGAAAUUGGUGACAAGGAUCCAUCAUUUAUUGGAUCUCGUGAGUGGAUUGGAGCCAUUGAGCUAAGCUUUGUCCUUGACAAACUGCUAGGAGUGAGUUGCAAGAUUAUUAAUGUGAGAUCUGGUGAUGAGCUUCCUGAAAAAUGCAGAGAACUUGCCAGGCAUUUCGAAACACAGGGAACUCCAGUGAUGAUUGGUGGAGGAGUCUUGGCUUACACCCUUCUGGGAGUUGAUUAUAAUGAAGCCAGUGGCGACUGUGCUUUUCUCAUCCUUGAUCCACACUACACUGGUGCUGACGAUCUCAAGAAGAUUGUGAAUGGUGGAUGGUGCGGGUGGAAGAAGUCUGUCGACAACAAAGGACGAAGCUUCUUCUUGAAAGACAAGUUCUACAACCUUCUUCUACCCCAGAGGCCCAACAUGGUGUGAAAGAUUUUAGAGGCAAUCAGCCUUGGUGAUCAUAGAGACAGGAACGAGUACAGUUUUCUCCAAAACAUGUGGAUUGGUUGGCAUGAUCUUGUAGGGAAACCUGUUUUCGCAGUUCACUCAGCUGGAUUUGUGCAGUUAAUUUCAAGGUGUUAAUUUGCAACCAUUUCCCGCUGUUAACAUCCUGAGAUUAAUUUGUAAUUGCAUAAACUAAGUUGUUAUUGCAUCCUUACCAUGAACUCGAAAAAGGCAACUUGAAAUUAGCCAUAAUGGCCUGAUCA